UCCAUAAAAAUUAUAUAACUGAUCUAGACCAGUUCGAUCCGCACUUUCAGAAGGAGGAAUAUUUUCUUCGAGUCGCGAACUUUUCUCUUUCGCGUUUGUGAAUUUCGUAAAUCCGGAGUGCGAAUCCGUGGUGUAUCGGUCCGCGAGAACCCCGUCUAGUCGGUCAAAGUGAAGAAUGGCGUCUCUAGUGCACAGCAUCCGCUCGUUGGCGUGCCGGAACACUCCACUGCUUCGAUCACUCGCCGUCCGCACUAUCUCGUCGUCGUCGGCUCUGCAGCAGAGAAGUUGUAAUCAGAGGAUUCUGGCCCAGCCUCAGCAGCUUCUGUCAAACUUUGAGCAAAUCGGACGUUGGCAACUGGAGUGCACCAGAAGCUACAGUGCUAAGGAACCCCUCACCCUGCAGUUGAUCAAAGAACGAGUGCUGCUGGUGCUGAAGCUGUACGACAAAGUCAACCCGGAGAAGCUGACCCUGGAGUCGCAUUUCAUCAACGAUCUCGGCCUGGACUCGCUGGAUCAUGUCGAAGUGAUAAUGGCCAUGGAGGAUGAGUUCGGCUUCGAGAUCCCCGAUGGCGACGCGGAGAAACUGUUCAGACCGGCCGACAUUGUGCAGUACAUUGCCGACAAGGAGGACAUCUACGAGUAAGUCUGAUGGGGGAAUAACAACAAAAAAAAAAGUGGAAGAACGCCUCCCGGGGCGGUAGAAUAUCGUUGCUGCCUGGAUGCUGCAUAUGUUGUUUGAAAAAAAAAACAUAUGCUGAACACAUUGUGUAGAUUAUAGUUUAAACGAAAAGGAAAUACAAUUUUGAAUCAACGGCCAGAAGAA